AUGAUAACGGACAAUAAUAAAUAUUACUCGAACUACACAAAACAAAUUGAAAUUCGUUCAAAAAAUCGAAAAAGUUUUAUUAGUGAGGACAGAUUAUUUCAAUUGGGAAUGGUACGUGGAUGAAGAAAAAAGGCGCGCGCGUCCAAAAAAACCGAAAUAUUAUGCAAAAGUUGAGAGAUUUAGAGAAAAUGACCAGCUGCGAGGCAAAAAAAAAACGAGGCAUUUUUCAUGUUGAGAAAUGAUGACGUGUUUUAUAAUACACACAUGUAUACAAAAAUAGGAAACAGUACUUUUGCCUCAAAAGUUUGAUUUGAACUCUUCAUAAAAUAUUUUAUUAUUUUUCCAGACAAAAUCUGUGGAAGUGAUUGAUUUAACAGAUGUUCCCGAAAAAACAUGUGAAAUAUUUGUGAGAAUUUUGGAAAAUCAAACAUUUUCUGGAAAUUUGAGUCUUCAAAAUGUCGCCGAACUUUGUAAUAUUGCAAAGACUUUGAAUCUGCGAACAUUGAAAAAACCAAUUGAAAAAUCGCUCAUCGAAUCGGAAGAAAAUUCGAAUAAAUGUAUACUUGACAAAUUGUGCAUUGCAAACCACUUUCAAUUGAAUUUGGCUAUUGAUCAUGUUAGUUUGAACAAAAAAAGAACUAAAAAAAUAAAUAGAGAAAUUUUCGAAACAAAAAAUAUUAUGGAAAAUUUUAUUGAAAAACAUCGAUUUGAAUAUAACAAUUUUAUGGAAGACAAACAACUUUAUAGUUUAUGCAUGUAGUUUUUUAUGUAUGUUUCGAAAGUAUCUUGUCAAAAAACUUAUAACGCAUCUUUUUUCUAGUCUAUUGGCUAACUAAUUAGUCUUUGAAAAAAGUUUCGAAAUUUUUUCAUAGGAUUUUUCGGGAGCGUUUUUUUUUUCAAAUUAAAACUAUAAAUACCUCAACUUAGGUCCUUAAUUAAUUUUCAUUUUAUAUUUUCAGUUAGCCUUGAAAUAUGCACAAACUGGAGAUCAAGAAACAAUUCUGAAAUAUCUCAAUAAUCCCGAAGUUGUCAAUAUUGUUUUUGGAUGGUUGGUUUGUACAAACUCAAUAAGAUAUAAAAUCACAAUUUUUAUAGGAUGACUAGUCUACAGGAGCAAAUUCAAACUCAAAAUUCAAACAAUUUUCAAUUGACUUCAGAAUCUGAAAGACGGCCGAUGGAAAUUGCACAAAAUCAACAGGAACAAAACGCUUUCCUUCAAUUGGCCAAAACAAAAUAUCAAAUAAUGAAGAGAAAAGUUCCAGCAUUAAACUUGAAUCAAAAAUUCAGACAAAUAGAGUGGAAAAAAAUGAUACUUCGAAAAUAAAUUUUUAUAAAAUAAAAAAGUUAUUCCGUUGCGGGGAAUCGAACCCCGGCCUUAUGGGUGAGAGCCAUAAAUCCUAACCACUAGACCACAACGGAGGAUGGAAACAACGAUUAGAAAUGAAAAGACAUGUUUGCUGUCAAUUUUUCUUCUUUUUUCCCUUUCUGUUUCGCGUUAGAGACGCAGUGCAGACAUUCGCUCUAGUUUCUUUAGCUUUUUGAACAGAAUUUCACUGCGAGAAAAAUAUGUGAAAAAUGUGUCCUCGGUAGUAUAGUGGUGAGUAUCCGCGUCUGUCACAUGCGAGACCCGGGUUCAAUUCCCGGCCGGGGAGAAAUUUUUGUUUUUUAAUACUAGAAUUUUUCGUAAAUAAGUUUUAUGAUCAAAUUUAGGAUGAAAAUCGAAGAUUGAAGCGGAAAAUAUUCAGGUUCAAACAACAAACAAUCCCGAAAAUUUCCGCCUUUCUGUUUUCGUGUUUCAUCUUUCUUGGACACAUGCAUGCUGCUAUAGCAUGCUAACGUGAUCACGUGACCCAUAUAUUAUAGAAAAUCUAGAAAUAUCAAAAACAUUUUUCAAUUUUUUAAAUGAUGGAUCAAACAAAUGAAUAUAGAGAGAUAGACAAUAUUGUAUCGUUUAGCUUCAAUCAUGAAUUUAUGAUUUGUCCACGUUUUCGUCCAACACGAGCUAAAUUUUGUACAGUAUUCGAAUCAUCAAUGAUAGAUUGGUAUGUUCUCCAAUUUUCAGAAAAUGAGUGAUAUUCUUAUUUAAAGGGAAGUUUCAAUCGAUAGACAAAGACUUCCAAGAAGAAAUCCAAGAUUCCAACUUGAACCAACUUUAGAAUAUCAAAUAAGAUUAGCAGAAUUAGGUCGAAGAGAUGUUUGUCCACCAAUAAAUCGAAUAACUCUUAGAUUAUCAAUAUAUAAUAAAGAAAACGAACUCGUUGGAAACUCUCAAAUUUAUCGUUUUCAUAAAAUCUUACAAAAUGCAAAUCCUCGACAACGUCCACAAUAUAUUACUGAUUCUUCGUGUGGUUUUGGAAAAUUUUUAACAAAUUUAUUUGAUAAUAAUGAAAAUGUUGGAAAAGGAGCUGAACUCGAGAUAAUUGUGGAAUAUAUUAAAAAUGAAAUGAUAUCAAAACAAUUUAUAACAAAUUGUGCUAUUGAAAAUGUUCCAAAUGAACUUGAUUAUACUUUUGAUUCUCUUAUUAAUUCAACUCGUUUUGAUUUAAAAUUAAAAACACAAAAUGGACAAUUUUUCAAAUGGGCAAACAAAGAAGUUUUAUGUAUUGCAAGUGAUUAUUUUCGAGAUAUUUUGACUGAAAAUAUGACUGAAAUGAAUACAGAAUGUGAACAUUUGGAAACUAUUGAAACUGUUUUAACAUUUAUGAUAACUGGAAAAUAUCGAGCUGUUGAAAAAAUGACUGCAAUUUUGGCAAAUGAAAUGAUUAUUCUAUGCAAUUCAUGGAAAUGUAUUGAUUUGAGACAAUUUAGAAAUGCUGUUGAAAGACAUUGUUAUGAAGAUUUACAAACUGUAAACUAUACUCCUAUAGCUACAGUAAUCCGAAAUGUUUUUUUUUCAGAAUUUUGAAGAUUUGGGUUACGUUGUUAACAUGACAAUUAUGGCACAAGAAAGACAAUUAUCAAAUCUUUUCAAUUCUUGUGUUUCUUGUAUUUUGGAUUUUCAUUUCACGCAAUUUUUCGAAGAUUAUAUCCGAAAGGUAAUUUUUCGGUUUUUUUCUCGACCUGUGAAAUCGGUUAAAAUUUGGAAUAGGAUAAAACAUGUGUUUGGAAUAGGAUAAAACAUGUGUUUGGAAUAGGAUAAAACAAAACAGGUCAUCCUGGCACAAUUCUAAUCCUCGAAGAAAACAAUUCUCAAACAAAAUAUAUAUUUUUCAGAACAAUGUUCUCAAAGAAAAAUUAGUAGCUCGAGUUGGUUCCCGAAUGUCAAUUGUUUCUUCAAUAAAACAAAGUUAUCUUUCAACUCUAAAAGUUCGAAGAUUUGUCCGAUAUCAGCCGAUUUAUGCCGAAGAAUGA